UCACAUUGGUUCAAAUACCUGUGGUUAGUACAGCUUUCUUAUAAAGCUUCCUUUUCGAUUAAAUAAUUAGCUAUAACACCCCUUCUUAUUUUUUUCUUCAUGUGAAUUGUGAUCCAUUAUUCUACUAAAUUUCUUUUUUUUUUCGAAGGCCUUAAAAACUGGGGGAAAUAUUUGUUUUCGAGAGAUGUUUACAAGUUUGGAGACCUAAUUCAUAGAGCAAUCGGGUAAAUUGGUCCGAGGGAAGAAUAGAGAGAUGAAAAUAUGGGUCCCCCUUUUUCAUACGCCAAAUUUUCAAGGAAAAACAAAAUAUAAAAUUGUUCAAUUGAAAAGGAAGCUCCAUAAGAAAGUUGUACAUAAUCAUAUGCAUACUGUAUGCUUUAUUCAUUUUGAGCCCAUUUGAGAUUUUGGCCUUUUCCACACUUGGCAGCGCAGCGUCCGUUCGUGGUCUAUAGACUAUAGCCCAGUAACAGAUGCUGAGUGCAGUGCAACUUACAAAUUCUAUGCUUAAAAAACAAACAAACAAACAAAAAAAAACAGUAGUAUUUUGGUCCUAGAGACAUUUCCCUGGAAAUGUCUCUGGCUCUUACCUGAGCUAUAUUAGGGCUGUGCGACACCUUUUUAAACUUUGUUUUAUUCGCAAAACGCAGUCUGCGGUCUGCCGUGUCGUGGUAUUACAGAUGCUGUAAGAGUGGGGCAAUCGACCAAGUCGGACCAAGCGAGCCGCAAUGCUAUAUAUAUAAGAGAAUAUAUAAGAGAAAAAUGUAACAUUUGAUAUCCCAGAAAAAAAAUUAACAAUACUGAUCAAUGCAUGAUAAUAAUGAAACAUAAAUUCUAUUUGAUAUAACAUCGAAUAAACUGAAAAAAAAAAUAAUUUGAGGAAUAUUUACAGAAAUGGAAGACAAAUAUCAGGAUGCGGUACAAUUUGAACAUCUAGACGCUUCAGUAAAACAAAUUGUGAACAAAGCAAAGGAAGUACGAGAAAAAGCAUAUUGCCCAUACAGCAAUUUUUCGGUGGGUGCUGCAUUGUUGUGUGGCGAUGGAGAAAUAAUUGAUGGUUGCAAUGUUGAAAAUGUUUCAUACGGUUUAACAAUCUGUGCAGAAAGAUCUGCUAUAUGUAAAGCUGUUUCACAAGGACAGAAGGUUUUCAAGAGCAUAGCAAUUUGUGCUGAGAUGAAAGAACAUUUUGUUAGUCCUUGUGGAGCGUGUCGCCAGGUACUAGCUGAGUUUAAUAUCAAUAUGGAUGUCUAUUUGUGCAAGCCAAAUAACGAAAUCUUUAAAACUUCAAUGGAUAAACUACUGCCGCUAUUUUUCUCGCCGAACUCAGUUUCGUUUUCGUCACAAUAAGAUCCAAAGAAUAACAUGUAAAGCACAAGUAUGAAAUAUACAUGUAUUUUUUUCAUGCGAAAAAUAAAAACGUCGCUGAAAAUCA